CGGACGUCCAGGAGUCCGCGAUCAAUGGCCGAGUGUCCGCGCUCGCUGACACACGCGUGACGUUCCACAGCUCAUUCAGCGACUUGUGGGUGUAGUAGCGUGAUGCCGUUGCCGUUGGUGUAGUGUUAGUGGCUGCAUGCACUUGGGUGUCGUGAAACGGUGUGCCUUCGAGCUGGAGCAUCCCGGAGGGUUCGCGUCCUCGCCCUGGGCGGCCGUCUUGGGGCACCACCACUCGGCAGCCGCCGCCGCCGCCGCGGCCGCUGCCGGCACCAUGAUGCAGACCGCCGCCGCCGCCGGCGACCACCACGGCUACGGGGCCGCUCACCAUCCCGCCGCCCCCAUGGACCUGCACAUGCCCCAGGCCUUUCCCUACUACCGGUACAGGGAGGAAGCGCUGUGUUGGACCGAGCGGAAACCAACAGUCGAUGAUGUUGGAAACCCGUCGUCAGUCAACGCUCGUAUCCUCGAACUUAGGAAAGAGAAAAGCAGGGACGCUGCGCGAUCGAGGAGAGGAAAAGAAAAUUUCGAAUUCUAUGAAUUAGCCAAAAUGCUUCCGCUUCCCGCUGCCAUCACCUCACAAUUAGACAAAGCUAGUAUCAUUCGACUCACCAUUUCCUAUCUCAAACUUAGGGACUUCUCAGGGCAUGGAGACCCGCCAUGGAGUCGCGAUGGCCCUCCUCCCAACAAAACCCUAAAAGCUGGAAGGAGUCGGUCUGUGGCGGGGAUCGCAAUGGAUAUGUUCGAGCAGCAUCAAGGAACGCAUAUCCUUCAGUCUCUGGAUGGGUUCGCGUUAGCGCUGGCGGCGGAUGGACGCUUCUUGUACAUUUCGGAGACGGUCUCGAUAUACCUCGGCCUUUCACAGGUGGAGAUGACUGGCAGCAGCGUUUUCGACUACAUCCACCACCUGGACCAUUCGGAAAUGGCAGAGCAGUUAGGUUUAGGGCUUGCCCAAGGGCAGAAUCUAGCGUCACCUGGAAGCGGUUCCGAAGAGAGCGCUUCCACAGCAGGUACCAAUAAUCCCGACGUAUCAACGAUUAUGUCGAUCGGAACCAACCCUCCCUUCAAGGGGUUAGACCGAGCUUUCUGUGUUAGGAUGAAAUCAACGUUAACCAAAAGAGGAUGUCACUUUAAAUCAUCCGGAUAUCGCGUUGUUCUAAUGUUAUGUAGGCUACGACCGCAGUAUACUUUUUCACAUUCUCGAAAAUCCCAGCCUCCGCUCCUAGGAAUGGUUGCUUUAGCAAUUGCGCUCCCACCCCCAAGUGUACAUGAAAUUCGAUUAGAAUCCGACAUGUUCGUAACUAGAAUCAACUUUGACUUUAGAAUAGCACACUGUGAACCGAAAGUCUCAGACCUCUUAGAUUACACGGCUGAAGAAUUAACUGGUAGAAAUUUAUAUACUCUGUGCCAUGGUGAAGAUGCCAAUAAAUUAAGAAAAUGUCAUAUUGACUUGAUACACAAAGGACAAGUAUUAACGCAUUACUACCGACUAAUGAACAAAAGCGGGGGAUAUACUUGGAUGCAAACGUGCGCUACGGUCGUCUGCAAUUCGAAAAACGCCGACGAGCAAAAUAUUAUCUGUGUAAAUUAUGUAAUAAGUGGUCGCGAAUACGAAAAUAUGAUAAUGGACUGCUGCCAAAUGGAGGAUAACACCCACAUGGUGAAGCGGGAGGAGGCGAACAGCAACGACCCCGAGAACGGUUCCCCCGACGCCGAUCGUGGAGAUGGCCGGAACAGCGGAGGCCCGCCCAAUCCGCCCCAGGACACGACGCAGAACCUGGAGGACACGUCCACGGCCCCAGGGGGCGGCGGAGGCACUAUCGAGGAGUCCGGCGACCCCCGCACCCGCCGUCUGGAAGUCUCGAAACUCCAGACUCCAACAGACCAAAGGAAAACAUCAAUUUCAACCCGACGCUCCUCCAAACGGAAGAACGCUUCUUCGGAGGAGGACGAGGAGGAGGAGGUGCACCGGACCAACACGGUCAUGAGUCCGGCGUCCUCCUGCCACUCCAUCAGCGCGGUCUCCUCCGGGACUAGUCCCAAAAACCUGGAGGAGACGGGGAGCAGCGGGACCUCGGUCAAGGACCUGGAGAACGCAAUGUCGAAGCAUUUGCCUUCGUGCAAGUCGCCCCCGCAUCAGCCGACCGAUUUCAGCACCGACGCCCUCCUCAAGCAGCAGCAGCGCACCACCAUUCAGUGGAUCGGGGCCCACCACCACCAGCAGCUCCAGCAGCAGGGGCCCCUGCCGGCCUCGGCCCUCCUGCGCCAGCUGUACGCGAACAGAGAGAGCGUGAUUCGAGCCAACGUCCACGGGAUCACCAGCGCGUCCAGCCGCUCCAGCAGCUCGACGGGGUACUACCCCGGGGACGGGCAGGUGGGGGUGGGCCCCCUGCCGACGCCCCCCGGGAGCGAGGGCUCGUCCUCGUACAGUGAACACCAAUUCCUCCUCUCGCAACACCAAAAUUACCCGACUAGUUACUCAAUGGACUAUCAUUCUGCGAUGACACCUCCGUCCAGCGUAUCUCCGCGCGAUAAACAUCAGCAGUUGCAUGGAGGAGUUGCUUUCGAUACUCCCGUGCCGUACCAAGACGUUCUGCGUCAUCAGUACCCCGAUAGUCCGCUUCCUCUCAAGCCCCAGGUUUAUUCUUACGUCGAGCAGCCCCAGUUCUACCACCACGGGGCGGCUAGUGCUGGAUUCCAUCUCUAUCAUCCCGGGAAAAGUGCUCCCACGGCUCCCGCCAACUGGUAUUCCCCGUCAUAGUGUAAAUACGAACGACUUUCAGUGAAUUUGACUAUGUUCCUUAUAUAAUUUAUGUGAACGAUUUAUAAUUGUUAAUACUGAUGUGGUACUAUUAUUUUUACUGCUAGUGUAAUAUUAGUACUGUUAUUGUAUUUUUUAAAUGCAACAAAUAUGAAAUGUAGUCGGCAAAUUAACGAAAGUGCUCGUUUAACUAUUUUUAAACCAAAGAAAAUAAUAUAAAAUGACAUGAUUCGUUUUUCAUCACACAACUCUAUCUAGGUAAUACUCUGACAUAUCAAAUAUGUUAAGGUUUUUCGUUUGCGCAUUGUAUUAUCAUGUUAUUUCGUAUUAUUUACCAUCUACAGUGUCAUUGUCACAACUUAUUUAUUAAGAUUUAUUAUAUCGGAGUUUCUUUGUCGCGUAAAAUUCAACUAAAUAAUGUGUCUGAUGGAAAAACGACUCCUAUAUAGUAAAUGUGUUGUAUAAUUUGAUAAUGCUGAUGAUCCAGCAUACCAACUGGUAUAUCAUACUAUGUACAUAAUUUUAGAUAGCUGUAUGUAUAUUAUUCUUUUGUUGGGCAUUGGUGACAGUAUUUUGGGCUAUUUACAUUGAAAAGAAAACACUUGCUCUUGAUAAUAAACGACAGAUCAUAUCUACAUUCCAGUUUUUGAUCGGUAAAUCAAAUUUUUGGAGAUGUGAGUGUUUGGAAACGAAAUCCACUAUUAUUACGAUCACGAAAAGGUGCUGACGAUGUAGGAAUGUGAUAUUCUCUUUAAUUUGUUAAUUUUUCUUGUUCCAGAUGUUAGAAUUAGUUGUGUUAUGUUGUCACAUGGUGUUCAGUACAAAUUUAAUAUGUGAAUUAAUAUGACAGCUUCAUGGAUAUGUAGCAACAUAUUUAUGUGCAAUAUAUACUUAAUUCUGAUUUUGUUUAAUAAAUUACCUUCACAAUUUA